UCCAGUGGCUCUGCGAACAGGGAGCCCGCUGCUGCCACCUCAACAUGGAGUAGCGAGAGCCCUGCAUUUACUGCUAAGAAACGGAGCCUAAAAGGAGAAAAGCACGGCGGCUUCUGUUCACUUCAUCCCCGCAAGUCCCCGCAAAUGCUACAACGGCUACCAUUUUUUAAAAGCGUUUAAGCUAGCUCGGCUUUUCUUUGAAAGAUGGCGAACGACUCUCCAGCUAAAAGUCUGGUAGACAUCGACUUGGCUUCAUUGCGGGAUCCAGCCGGGAUAUUUGAAUUGGUGGAGGUAGUUGGAAAUGGCACCUAUGGACAAGUAUACAAGGGACGACAUGUCAAGACUGGACAGCUGGCUGCCAUCAAGGUCAUGGACGUCACAGAGGAUGAAGAGGAGGAAAUUAAACUGGAGAUCAAUAUGCUGAAGAAGUAUUCCCACCACAGAAACAUAGCCACCUACUACGGCGCUUUCAUUAAGAAGAGCCCCCCAGGACAUGACGACCAGCUAUGGCUGGUGAUGGAGUUCUGUGGUGCUGGUUCGAUCACAGACCUGGUGAAGAACACCAAGGGGAACCAGCUAAAGGAAGACUGGAUUGCAUACAUCUCCAGAGAGAUCCUCAGAGGUUUGGCCCAUUUACAUGCCCACCACGUCAUUCACAGAGACAUUAAGGGUCAGAACGUCCUGCUAACAGAAAAUGCAGAAGUCAAACUAGUGGACUUUGGUGUGAGUGCCCAGUUGGAUCGAACAGUGGGGAGGAGGAACACCUUCAUCGGGACUCCAUAUUGGAUGGCCCCCGAGGUCAUCGCUUGUGACGAGAACCCAGAUGCUACAUAUGAUUACAGAAGUGAUCUGUGGUCUUGUGGUAUCACAGCUAUUGAAAUGGCAGAAGGAGCACCACCACUAUGUGACAUGCACCCAAUGCGUGCACUCUUCCUUAUUCCAAGAAACCCUCCUCCUAGGCUCAAAUCAAAGAAAUGGUCCAAAAAGUUCUUUAGCUUCAUUGAAAGCUGUCUAGUGAAGAACUACACACAGCGCCCUCCAACAGAGCAGCUGCUGAAACACCCAUUCAUCCGGGACCAACCAAACGAGAGGCAAGUCCGCAUCCAGCUCAAAGACCACAUCGACCGCACCAAGAAGAAGAGGGGAGAAAAAGAUGAAACUGAGUAUGAGUAUAGUGGCAGUGAGGAGGAAGAAGAGGAUCCCCCAGAGCAGGAGGGAGAACCCAGUUCCAUUGUCAACGUGCCAGGUGAAUCAACUUUACGUCGUGACUUCAUCCGCCUGCAGCAGGAGAACAAGGAGCGGUCCGAGGCCCUCCGCCGGCAGCAGCUCCUCCAGGAGCAGCAGCUUCGUGAGCAGGAGGAGUAUAAGCGCCAGCUACUGGCGGAGAGGCAGAAGCGCAUAGAGCAACAAAAGGAGCAGAGGAGGCGACUGGAGGAGCAACAACGGCGUGAGCGAGAAAUGAGGAGGCAACAGGAACGCGAGCAGCGUCGCCGUGAGCAGGAGGAGAAGAGACGUAUAGAGGAGAUGGAUCGAAGACGUAAAGAAGAGGAGGAGCGUCGGCGGGCAGAAGAUGAGAAAAGGAGAAAUGAUCGUGAACAGGAGUACAUCAGACGUCAGCUGGAGGAGGAGCAGAGACACCUGGAGAUGUUACAGGAGCAGCUGCUCCGUGAACAGGCCAUGCUGCUGGAGUUCAAAUGGCGGGAGCUUGAGGAGCAGCGCAAGGCAGAGCGACUCCAUAAGCGAUUGCAGCAGGAGCAGGCGUACCUGCUUUCGCUGCAGCAUGAAUCCAAACAGCAACCUGCCGACAAGAACAAAUUCCCCUCAGACCAAAGCAAACCUCCACAGACCUCCACCACCCUUCCCCCCGACAGAGUCCUCACCUCCGCCCCCCAAGCUCAGGUCCUUGACAGUGCUGUCCCUGUAGCUAAAGGGCCUUAUGAGCCCUCCAGGGCCCCUCAGGCAACCCCCCCAGAGUGCACUAAACCCCAAGCUGUGCCAGUACCAGAGAAGACUGACUCUGAUGGGAACUGCCCCAUCCAGACCUCUGAUUCCAACAGCCCCAGCCCCCCACAGACUGAAACCCCCACUGACUCUAAACCUCCUCAGGCAGAAAGUGUGGAGCCCGAUAGGCCGGCUGAGCCUGUCAGUCAUCCUCCUCAGCCUAUCAGAGAGGCUGAUGAGCGCUACCGAAAAAACAUUCAGGGCUCCCCUCAGACUGCUCCUCCUCCCAAGCAGCCUCCUUUGCCUCCCCGCUCCUCUGAACCGUUCUCCAAUGGCGGCCCCUCCUCAGAGGCGUCCGCUAUGCACCGGCCCAUGGAGCCUCAGGUACAGUGGUCUCACCUGGCCGCUCUAAAGAGCAGCAACAGCGCUGCUCCCUCUCCUCCUCCUCCACCCGUGGUCUCGCGCUCCCAGUCCUUCAGCGAGCCCGGCGGUGUUACCACUAGCUUUGCACAACUCCACCUGCGUUCCCAGGACCCCCAUCACCACCACCACCCAUCGCCCGCACGCACUGACCCCCAGCCCCAACCUCCCCUCCACCACUCCCAGGCUCAGAAUAGGGCCGAACACCAGGCCAGCGCCGAAGAGGUGCCUCCGAAGGUUCCAGUGAGGACAACAUCCAGGUCUCCAGUACUGUCACGCAGAGAGUCCCCUUUGCCAUCACAACCAAGCAGCCAGGGUGGACAGAGGAAUGCUGGAAGUAAUGUGGAGCAGCGCCCACUGUGGGACCGAGUGGAGAAGCUCCAGCCGAGGCCAGGCAGCGGCAGCUCCUCCGGCUCCAACUCCAGCUCCCAGGCCAGUCCUGGAGACCGCUUCAGGCCACGCUGUGAGUCGCCUGCUUCCUCUAAAUCUGAAGGAUCGCCUCUACAGCGGCCUGAAAAUGUUCCCAAAAAACAAGAUGAAAAGAACCUUGCCAGACCUACUCGACCAGCUGGUGAUGUGGAUCUGACUGCUCUGGCUAAGGAGCUCCGCGCAGUCGACGACGUUCGACCUCAUCACAAGGUGACUGAUUACUCCUCCUCAAGUGAAGAGUCGGGCACCACUGAUGAAGAGGAUGAUGAGGAGGUGGACCAGGAAGCAGGAGAAGAGUCCACCUCAGGCGCUGAGGACUCGAGAGCUGGGAGGCAGAGUAAUGGGGAGACGGAGUCAGCCAAGACCAUGCUGGUUGAGGACUCUGAGAGCGACCAGGCCAUGACACCCUCCAAGGAUGGAACGCUGGUCAUUAGACAGAGCACCGUUGACAUAAAGCGGUUGGUCAAUCUCUCAUCCUCAUCCUCCUCUUCCUCGGCUGGCCCUGGUCAGGGCCACGGCCAGCCGCCACCCCCCAACCACGGCGUGCUGGAGAAAAAUGGCUUUGCCGGUCGCAUACACCACCUACCAGACCUUAUCCAGCAGAGCCACCUCCCCUCCUCCUCCACAACCAUCCUUUCCUCCUCCUCCUCCUCCUCCUCUUCCUCCUUCCCCUCAUCAUCUAGCCAUGCCAGUCCUGCCAUGUCCCCACAGAACCCCCUGGACAAGCUCACUGCCAUAGAGUCCCAGUCGGAGAGCAACUCAAUGUCCAAACAUAAGUCUUCCUCCUCCUUCACCCCGUUCAUCGACCCCCGCCUUCUCCAGAUCUCUCCAUCCAGCGGCAGCUCCCUCAACAACAUGGCAGCUUUUGGGCAGGAUGGACGGCUGGCGGACCCAUUGAGGUCUGACCCAUCCCGCAAAGGCUCGGUGGUCAACGUCAACCCAGUCAACACGCGUCCGCCAAGCGACACCCCGGAGAUUCGCAAGUACAAGAAGAGGUUCAACUCGGAGAUCCUGUGUGCUGCACUCUGGGGAGUGAACCUACUGGUGGGGACAGAGAGUGGCCUAAUGCUUCUGGACCGGAGUGGACAGGGCAAGGUUUAUCCCCUCAUCAACAGACGACGCAUCCAGCAGAUGGACGUCCUGGAGGGACUCAAUGUCCUCGUCACCAUAUCAGGAAAAAAGAACAAGCUGCGAGUCUACUACCUGUCAUGGCUGAGAAACAAAAUAUUGCACAAUGACCCAGAGGUGGAGAAGAAACAGGGUUGGGUCAAUGUGGGCGACCUGGAGGGCUGCGUCCACUACAAAGUCGUGAAGUACGAGAGGAUUAAGUUUCUGGUGCUGGCCUUGAAGAACUCUGUGGAGGUGUAUGCCUGGGCCCCCAAACCCUACCACAAGUUCAUGGCCUUUAAGUCUUUUGGCGACCUGGUGCACAAGCCGCUGCUGGUUGACCUGACAGUAGAAGAAGGUCAGAGGUUAAAGGUCAUCUACGGCUCCUGCUCAGGCUUCCAUGCUGUGGAUGUGGACUCCGGUGCUGUCUACGACAUCUACCUGCCAACACAUAUCCAGACUAGCAUUCAGUGCCAUGCCAUCAUCAUUCUGCCCAACACUGACGGCAUCGAGCUGCUGGUGUGUUACGAGGACGAGGGCGUCUACGUCAACACCUACGGGCGCAUCACCAAGGAUGUGGUGCUGCAGUGGGGAGAAAUGCCAACUUCAGUGGCCUACAUUAGGUCGAACCAGAUCAUGGGCUGGGGUGAGAAGGCCAUAGAGAUCCGCUCUGUGGAGACAGGACACCUGGACGGGGUCUUCAUGCACAAGAGAGCACAGAGACUCAAGUUCCUUUGUGAAAGAAAUGACAAGGUAUUCUUCGCCUCUGUGCGUGCCGGAGGUGCCAGCCAGGUGUAUUUCAUGACACUGGGCCGCACCUCUCUUAUGAGCUGGUAGCCAGGACCCCCGCACCACACCGGCUAACAUGACGAACAUACCUACGCAGAGACCAACAGAUGACAACUAAGACUAUGACCGACAAUGAUGAAGAAGCGCCAUGAGCCUGACCUGGAGAAGCCACCCUUCACUGAAGCAUCUGGACGGAGGGAGGAGCCUCUGUCUCCAGCAAACAUCGGAUUGGACUGUACUCACGAAAAGAAGGCGAGGGGUGUGGUUGUGUGUGUCCGUUAGGGGGAGGGGGGCUGGAAUGUCACAAAUCCACUGAGUAACAUAAAAGACGACAGGAAAGGAACCCCCAGAAGCCUCCAGGUUGUUGUCAGCCCCCACUCCCCCCACAUCAUCCCCUGCCGCCUGACCUUUGAGCCGAUCCCCCCCUUCUUUAAACGUAGGGGAUCUGUUGCCUGUUGACGGUAAAAUCUUUGUGUCAUAGUAAAAUUCUUCAUUGUGUCUGUGUGUGUGUGUGGAGGGCAGCGAGCAUGCGAAUGACUGAAAACAUGUAGGGACGAGAAGAGGCUAAACGCAGCCCUGAAGAAGGCUGCGAAUACAUAUUUAAAGUCAUGUGCCACACCUCGAGUGUUGCUGUGUUUAGUCCAGGUCCCGUUCAGGUAAAAUGAACUCCUUAUUCUCACCACGGUAGAUUUUCCUCAUCACUAACACUAGUCAAAGCCACAGAUUUCAUUGCUUGACAUGUAAAUCUGCCUCUGUGUCUUCACUUUUUUGCCUUGAUCUCCUUAAAGUGAGGGUUUUUAACGGACCUUCUCAAUAAUAUCCAUUAAAUACAGGGUACUGGAUGUCAGUUUGUACAUAUUAACCCCAUCAACUCUUACCUGAUUCUCACACUCCCGGGAUUUACAGACACUUUCCAAACUUUGUACCCCAUUGCCUAACGGAGGUUACAUUGGACCGAAAUACUUGUUGUUUUGACUUUAAGCCAAUCAAGUCCUUGUUUUCCAUACACUGUAUGUUCUGGAUGUGACAUGCUGCACACAAAUAAUAACAGAUAGGCUGCAGGAAGCACCCAUAGAAGAAGAUUUUAAAGGAAAAAUCCACCUUUUAGUUACUCUGACUGGUAUUUAUCACCAUCAAUCUGUGAUUAUUCUCCAGUUUUUUUGUGCCACUAGCUUAGUCUUUUACAUCCACUGGACAUACAGGCAAGCUAUUCAUUUAAAUGCAUCAAUAAUAGGUGUUUUUUUCUGGUGUUUUUUUCCUUUAACAUGAGUCAUAGGUAGGGCUAGGAUAAACUGUGAAUUAGACAUGCAGAAGUAGCAGCUGGCCAAUAAGGUAGCAUGGAGGCCAAUGGACAGGAGUGACAAUAAGGGAGUGGAGGCAGCGUGCAGAGGUCUGGAGGAGCCCAGGAUCAGCCGAUUGUCCUCCAGCUGCACUGUUAGCAGUAUAGAAAAGCUCAAAAUCCACUGUACAUUAAUGAAAGAAGUUUGGAUUUUGCGCACUGUAGGAACACUUUAGUCUCAACCAGCCAUGUGGCUCAACAUUGGACCUGUUUGUUUACUCACUCCAACGUGGACUGAGAUUCUGAGACAAAUACACGAGUUUAACCGGACAGUUUCCAUCCCACAACCUCCUUUUAUUUUUUCAUUUCACUCCCUCUGGUCCGUUCAUGAAGAGGCUGCGUUGUUUUUGUCCAUCUGCCUUUUUCCUUUAUGGAUCCGUGUCACUUCAUGUUAAAGUCGACGGAGUAUUUGUUCGAGUGAGAACCCUCCCCUCCCCUCAAAAAUAACUCUACUCUUUACUCCUGUUCUUAGUGAGGGUGAUGCCUUCACUGUCCUCGGUGGGACCUAGUAAUCGCUCUGAUCAUCUGUGAAUAGCAAAGAAGGCACACAUUCUAACAGCAGUGUUACCAAACCACUCCAGACGGCGUGAAUUAAGUGGCAUAUUUUUAACUCGGGCUUAGUUUUUAGUCUCGUUUCUGCAAUUUUUAUUAUGUAACCCUUCAGAUAAGUAUGCGACUGCAGUGGUUUUUAAAUUGUAAGGCACACCUUAUGUUGAAAAUGUUUACAGAAGCAAUUGUUUUGUUAAACCAAUGUGCAUCAAUAUGAAUAUUUAUGGUUUAUUUUGAGGGCAGUUUUUCCCUGUUUUUGUAUUUUGUAUUAUUCCCUUUUUGUACUAUCAUUUAGACAUUUGUGUACAGGAAAUAAUCGACUUUUGCUCACGUUACGGAUUACUCAAGACAAAGAGUGUGAUUUCACUGACUCCCGCUACAUCCUGCAGAAGUGCACAGUGUGCCCCUGGCUGUGGUGGAUCAAAUAUUCUCUACCACCCAGGUGCCAGGUGACGUGUCCCCCCUCAGACGUCCCUCUGCCAUGCCUCUCUAAUUUAUGUCCUCUCUGUGUCUACUAUGGGAAUUACUGUAUUUUCCUGAAGGUCUUUUUUUCCAUUGAAUAAAAUCGGAAGUAAUUUACA